AUGUUCCUUAGUCGAUGUGUUUAUCUUGAAAAUUUAUUGAAAAGAUUGAACAGGGGAGACUGUAAACCCUGUAAAAUACUGGUGGAGGUCAAAUCCAGUGAAGAUACUUUUGGUGACAUGAUUCAAAAUAAUUCAUACACAGAAUUAAUAGGUUGUUUGAUGUACGUAAUGACAGCUACAAGACAAGACAUAAUUGAAUCAAAUAACUAUUUGAGUAGACAUCAAUAUAAACCAAUAGAAUUCUACUGGAAAAGUUUGAAACGAAUUCUUCAGUACAUUAAAGUAACAUUUGAUGUUGGUCUGUGUUACAAAAAGGGAAGUCAAUUGCUCUCCUCUGCUAUGUUGAUUCUGACUGAGCAAGUGAAGAAGAUGGGAGACCUGCAAAAGGAUACAUCUCUAAGUUUUUGGAAGUACUGCUUGUUGGGCUACAAUGAGACAUACAUAUGUUUCACUAUCUUCAGCAGAAGCAUAGUAUAUUGCUUUGGCUACAGCUACAACAGACACCCUGUGGAUGAAGAAUCUUCUUGA